AAGUCCAAAUCGUCAUCGUCAUCUUCAUCACUUUCGUCAUCGCUAACGAAUUCACGUUGUCCAGCAAGUUCAUCCUCAUCUUCCAAUUCUUCAUCUUCAGCAGCUGCUUUGAAUCCACUGAAUCGAAUGCCAACACUAACGCAAGACCGUGCACCGAAUCAAAAAGUUGAACUUUCGACCGAUCGAGUGAUGAGCACGAUUCCACGUUUACAUGAAUCUGCGCCAAAAGGUGGUCAUCCCUAUGAAAAAGGUGGAAAUGCAUCUGCUUGUCCUGUACCGCAUGAAGAACGAUCGGCGAUGAUGGAAGGCAAUAAUAAGAAAGAAGCCAGCGAAUCAUCAUCAGCAGGCAAUUGGGAAUAUCCAUCUCCACAACAAUUCUACAAUGCACUGGUACGAAAAGGCUGGGAAACGCCAGAAGAACAUGUAGAGAUGAUGGUACUCGUACAUAAUUUCUUAAACGAACGUGCAUGGCAAGAAGUUUUAGAUUGGGAAAGAGAAAUGGGCGUUAAAGAUGCACAAAAUCAAAUUGCCUUAGCAAGAUUUCAAGGUAAACCCGGUACACUUUCACCUAAAGCAAGAAUAUUUUCUUGGGCAGCCAUGAUUGCACCUUCUAAAUUCAGUUCAGACGCUCCUUUUGAUCGACAUGAUUGGGUCGUUCGUAGACCUUCAACUUCUUCCACAGAUCCAGGCAAAGAGGUUCGAUAUGUGAUCGAUUAUUAUUCGGCGCCCGAUGAUCCCGAUACGGAUGAACCUGUCUUCCAUCUUGAUGUUCGUCCCGCUUUGGAUUCAUGGGAAGCUGCUCAAGUUCGUAUGAAGCGAACAUGGGCAGAAUGGAGAAGUCAGGAAGGAGAGGCAUCAACGUGA